CAACGUGGCACGUGAAUAAAGUGACACCGCGACGACGGCGACGACGACGACGACGACGGCGGUGAGAAGGGACGUUGAGAAAAAACGAAGGGGAGGAGAGAAAAAACGGCCGAUCGGACUGUGCAUCGUCGGGAAGCCUGACACACCGGAAUCUUUUUGAUCGCUAGCCGAGUUGCCGGAGAAGGAGAGGCUGCCGGCGACGCCGCCGCUCUGUUGUGCGUGGUGCGUUCGAGAGGUUAGAAACGCCACGGGAACAUGGAUCUGCUUUGCUGCGAGACCACCGAAACUGAAUGCAGAGCCUACGCCGAUCCUGCUCUUCUUGGCGACGACCGUGUGUUGCAGAAUCUGCUGAAAACCGAGGAGAGAUACGCGCCCAGCAGUUCUUACUUCGAGUGCGUGCAGAGGGACAUCUCGCCGCUCAUGCGCAAGAUCGUCGCGGAGUGGAUGUUGGAGGUAUGCGAGGAGCAGAAGUGCCAGGACGAGGUCUUUCCCCUGUCGAUGAACUACGUCGACAGGUUCCUCUCGAUCUGCCCGAUCAGGAAGUCGCAGCUGCAGCUGCUAGGAACUGCCUGCCUGCUUCUCGCCUCGAAAUUGCGAGAACCAUCGCCGCUCACGGCGGAGGUGCUUGUUUUCUACACAGACAACUCCAUCACCAUGGAUGACUUAUGGAGGUGGGAACAGCUGGUCGUCUCGAAGCUGAAAUGGGAAUUAUCCGCCGUAACGCCCGGUGACUUCCUGAUGCACAUCCUGAGCAGACUGCCGGUGCCGCGUACCUGGGACCCGGUGAUGGUCAGGAGGCACGCGCAGACCUUCAUCGCCCUCAGCGCCAGAGAGUACAAAUUCUCGAUGUACACGCCGAGCAUGAUCGCGGCGGCAAGCGUCGCGGCGGCCCUCCACGGUCUCGAUUGGACUGGGAAAAGCGGUUACGGGCUGGCCGGCCUCCUCGACGAGCUAACCCGCAUCACGGCUAUCGAACAGGAUUAUCUGCAAGGUUGCCUGGAGCAGAUCGAGGAAAUGGUCUCGCAAGCGGUAGGCGCGGAUGGUACUGGUGGAAGAAACAGUCACCAGGUGAGCGGAACAUCAAUCUCCAGUGCACCACAGAGGCCUCUGGGGGACGAGAUUACCAGCCAGGAGAAGAUCCUGGAACACGAGAAGGCGGGCACGCCGACCGACGUGAGGGAUGUCCAUUUUUGAGAGACGCCGCUGAGGGAAACUCUGGCCAGGGUGACUCUCUGCUGAGCCUGGAGGCCGAGGAACAAGCGAUACCCAGCAGCGACGACGACGCUGAUGGACCCACGGCCAGGAAGCGAAUCAAGAGAAACGAGGAGGAGAAGCUUGAAGGAGGAAA